AUCAUCUCUUUUAACCCAGUUCUCGGUCAACUAAAGAAUCUCAACGUGGGGUAAUCGCCGGCUUUCAUCGUCCAUAACUCCCUUCACAAUGUCGAAUUCUACCUCCGCCCUAAACGUCUUCUUUUACUUCCAAAAACAAGAGCUCAAAUUGAGCUUCAGCUCCCCCAACCAAGCAUCAGCAUACCAAAACCGCAAUCGCGAAUCCCGCAUCUUCGCCAAUGAGCCCAGCGCCGUCUACCUCCCACUCUCCGCAUCUAUGGUCUACAUCCGCGACAGCAGCAAAGGCCUAGUCCUCGGCUUCUCCACACAAGAAGACGCCGAUCGAUGGUGUCAGACCUCCAUUCUCGGACGGAAACACGGCCAAUACGAAGUGCACAUCGGCUGCGGAUGGACAGGCGAGCAACUAAACCAGGCUCUCGAGCCUGAUAUGCUCCAACCCUCCCGUCCAGCCCGCCCCCAAAGCAUGCUGUUUACCAUGGAGCCCACUCCGCCGUCGAGCUCGGGAUCAGACACAAACAUGAAGCUCUCACCCAGUAUGCAGCCUUCGCCUUUGUCCUCUAACCGGUCUUCUGGAGCCUUCUCUCUACCAUCCUCGCUAGUGUCAGGCGCGGGCAAGGCUGCACAUCGAUCGGUGCCUAGUGGUCAUGUUGUGCUUCCUGCUUUGCCUCCGGCUGCGCCUCGGUAUCAGGCUCAUGGAGGGACGUCGUCGUAUCAGCCCAUGCCUCUGGCUAUGUCGGAUGAUUCCUAUGGGUGUAGUCAGACGGCGGUGGCGUAUAGUCUUUCUGCGUAUUCGGUUCCUGCAUCCGAGAUGAGUUUACCGCUGGUGAAGGGUGCGCAGCCGGGGAGAAGAGAGAGUUAGUUGGGUUAUAUAAGGUUUUCUUGCUUUUGGAACGAGGGGUGAUGCUACGAUAUAUAUCUUUUCUUAAAUUUGAUGGGCACGGGAAGGCGGCAAAAGCAUUAGCAAUCAGUUUUAUUUGGGUCACUUGGGUAUAUUUCUCUAAGGGUUAGUCAAAAUGCUUUUUCUUUUAAGUUUCGGGCUGUGGGAUCCCUCGUUGUCUAUUCUUUUGGAUAUUUUGGACUAUUAUGAGUGUGAAACAGUAGGUGUUUAGAAAGAAGUUUGUGAAGUAGAUUGUGAAGUAGAUUGUGAAGUAGAUUG